AUGAAAAUUUCAAUUUUUGGAAUAGUUUUAACACUUUUCGUAGUAUUCGUGUUCGUUAUUGAUGCAUCAAAGUUAAGAAAAAGGGAAAUUAAGGGUUCUCCGUGUUUAAUUAAAGUAGUCUCACCUGGUAACGGAAAUAUUUAUCAUCAUGGGCACACUCACAAGGCAAUUUGGAAACCUUAUCUUUUCGAAACGACGGUUAGAGUGAUUAUUAUUGCCAGCUCAAAUAGUACUGGCACACAUAUAAAAGUAUUCGACGAAUCAACCACAUUUGGAGCUACAGGAAUACAGUUUACUGUUGGUGAAAAUUGGCCAUCCGAUGAUUAUGAAUAUGUAUUAUACGCUUUCAACGUCGAUGUUGUAGAAACUUUUGGAGAAUCAGAAACUGAACAAUCGUUAGCCAUUGAAUUACAACAUUGUCGAUUUUAUUUGACAUUUUGA